AUGGGUAGAAGAAAGUCACAAGCUGCUGCAGAGAGAAAUCUUGAACCAAUUAAAAUUAGUACCGACUCAAUUAAGAAAAGGCCUCGUCGAGAUUCCAAUGAACCUCCAUUCAAAAAGUUUGAUGAUCUAGAAAUGUUUGAAACUUACUUGAAGGGUGAAUCUUGGGAUAACGAUUUUGAUUUCCUCCACGCUCGUUUGGAUUAUUAUCCUCCAUUUAUUCGUAAUGAAAUUCAUGACGAUCCGGAAAAGAUUAAACCAACAAUGAACAAUAAGUCCAAGAAGUUUGUGAGAAACUUGCAUCAUCACGUUGACAAACAUCUGUUAAAGCAAAUUAAUGACAUGGUUGGAAUCGAGUACAAAUUCAAACGGGAGGAAGAGAAGUUACCAGAUGGCCGACUAAUCUGGCGCUACAAAGACGAAUCAGAUCAUGGAUUUGAAGGUCUUGACCGGAAAUGGACAGUCGAAGUUGAUGUCGAGUGUAGUCCCAACGAUCCAACUGUAGUUGUCGAUAUGAGGUCCAUUCCUAUUGACUGA